ACAAUCUUGCCUACUGAGUUGCCAUUCGCAAUAUGUUUGUGGAGAGAAGAGAAAGUUGUGUUUGUUGACAUAUAAAAUAGUUAAAGUUUUAAGAAAUAUAACGCAAAUAUGGAUUUUGGAAAAUUGUUAUAUACUGCCCACAAAAAUGAAAAAUCAGCUAACAAAGAUAUCAAGUGUUACAAAACCAAAUUUGAACCACCGAAGAAAGAGGUCAAAACUAAAACAGAUUUAUCGGCUAAUAUAAAAAAAUUCAUGCAAAAGCGUGAGGAAGAGGAUAGAAAAAAAGCUGAAGAAGAGAAAAAAAAGAAAGAGGAACUGUUGGCUCUGAGAAGCCAAGACAAGAAAGCGUACAAGAGAGUACAAACUAUGUUGAAGCGCACCAAGUCGGCCAACAAGAGUGUCAUGGAAGAUGCCAUAGACGACGUCAACACUGUAGUUACCAUGGCAGGACCACAGCAAUGCGAUGAGGACGACUACGGAUACGUGUCCCAGGAGGCUUCAGCGUUUUAUGCCAAGCUAAUGGACAAAUACUCAAGCAUGCCACCAGAAGAACCCAAGUUCUCUCAGUCCAAGAAACCUGUCGUCAAAGACUUGAAUGCCGCCAAGGACCGUGUCAGAGCAGCAUUGCAAAGAGAGGAAGAAGAAGAAAUGAUGCCUCACAAAAGGAAAAGAAAGUCAAAAUCUGAUAAGGCAGGUGAAGAAAAUGGUGAAUCAGAGAGAGGGGAUGAAAGAUCAAGAUCGAGGGAACAUUCUCCGGUGGAGGAACCGAAGCCAAAAAAGCCAAAGAAGAUGGCGCCUCCACCCAUGGACUUCAAUUCCUUAUUGAAGCUCGCAGAACAAAAGCAGUUUGAACCCAUACAGAUUGAGAAAAAGGUCAAAGAGGAUGAAGAAGAGAGGCCCAUGACAAAAAAACAAAAGUUGGAAUAUGAACGGGAACGUGAAAGUAGAGAAAGAAGAAUGCAACAUGAAAGCAUGAAGAAUGGGCAAAGAAGGCCAGAAUCUCUAAAUAGAAUUCCAAAACUAUCUGAUGGAGGUGAAAGGAAGGAUAAAAUCAACGGAUUUGGACGUAUUCCUAAGAAAUCCAACCCUGAAGGCAAGCCUAGGGUCGAUGAACCUGAUGGCAAUAUUCUAAGGAACGUUCUUAAGAGAAAAAAUUCUAUUGAUUCUGACAGUAAUAGCAGAAACAAUUCUGAUAGUGAUCGCUCAAAGCAAACAAAUCAUCGAACAGAUCGACCAAAAAACCACCAGGAUUCUAAUCGUUCUACAAGUAACUCUGAUGUCAACCGUAGAACAGAAUCUUCACACAAGAACUAUGAGAGAAAAAGUACGAAUCCUUCACAAGCCUCCAUAACAGCAAAUAAAGCCAAGUCAAGAAAUCAUAACAUGUCCGAUGAGGAACAUUCUGAGGCCUCAGACUCGGGUUAUGAGAGAUCCGGUUCUCUCGGAAAUGACCAAAACCGAAAUUACAAACCUGACAGAUCCAACUCUUCCAACACAAACCAUAGAUCCAACCACAAUUCUAGCAGAGACUUCUCAGAAAGAAAUGGUUACAGUGACAGACCUAGAAAGCAAUCAGAUAAUGAGCACUCAGAUUCUCAGUCAGGCAGUGAUAGUAGAAAGUACACGUCUGAGAAAAAUCGUCCAAAUACCUCCAGUUACAAACAGAAGCCAGAAGUUAAGUACAAGCCUGACACAGAAAGAUCAUUGUCUCAGGUAAAACCAUCCAAAACAUCUAGUGGAAGGCCUACGGAGACAAGCCGUGAUAGACCUCGUUCCCCUAAUGACAGGUACAAACAGUCGUAUUCUGACUCAGAACCUGAUGAUGACAAAUACAGACCAUCCAAGGUCCAACCCUCCUCUUAUGAGAAGAAGUCGACCUUAAAUAACAGACCAAUUGAGCGUAGUCGAGAUCGGUCCCGUUCACCCCGAAAGUCACACAAGGAUAUUGAAAACAGAAACCCUAAACCUUCCUUUAAUGGUGAUCGGCAAAAACCUGUUCAACUAGACUCCAAAUUCAAGAUCCCCAAAGCAAACUCUAAUGCCGACAGACAGAAAGUUGUUCAAAAACCAGAAAAAUACAAAUCUUCGGAAUAUGAAAAAACUAAUCUGAAAUCGUUAGAAAAUGUCAGAUCUUCCUCAAGCUCCAGUUCAAAACCACCUGUUACUAAAGAAGUAAGUAAACAACCAACGAAUUUAAGACCAGAAAAGUCAUCUAAUUCUAAACCAGAUUUGGACAAAAAUCGAAUGUCUGUUGACAAAAGUAAAGAAAAGCCAAGAUCUUCUAAUAAUGAAUCGCCGAAACCACUCAGCUCCUCAGACAACACGAAAAAAGUACCAUCCCAGCAAAGUGCUGAAGAAAUGUUGAAGAAAAAUGCAAAUGUUUGGUCAAAACCCUGUAAUCUCUCACCGUCUGCAAAGCCAUCAGGCUCAGGUUUGAGUGCCAGUCAGAUUGAGAGGUUGAGGCAGAUGAAUAAAAAACCAACACCGGCGAAGACGAGCACUCAGAGCCCGAGGGAUGAAAGAACAUCAGAUGGGAGACCCUUGCUUCCGAGAUCACUGGGACCUCAGGGAAAACCGAGCUUGCUGAAAGCAGCUGCUGCUGCCGCCGCCUCCAGAGCUGCCUCUCAGAGAGCGCAAACAAACUCAGAUACUAGAUCAUCGGAAAAAAAACAACCUCCUACAACAAAACAAUUGAAUCGACAAGAAUCUUCUGCUGGUGCCUCGAACAAACCUCGAGAUCCCAAGGACUCUAGACCCAAGCAAUUUCCUCCAAGCGAUCUCAGACCGAAGCAGUUCCCUCCUAAUGAUCUCAAACCGAAGCAGUUUCCCCCUAGUGACCUCAGACCGAAGCAAUUUCCACCAAGUGACCUUAAACCAAGGCCUUUUCCACCAAAGGAUGUCCGAGGUCGUCAGUUUCCACCUGCCGAUGUUAAGAGGAAACCUAAACCUCGUCGUAUUGAGUCCGAGUCAGAAGAGGAGUAUGAUUCUGAGAUGGAUGACUUCAUCGAUGAUGGGUCGGACAUGAAUAUGGAACAAAUCUCAAAGGAAAUUCAAUCAAUAUUUGGCUACGAUAAGUCCAGGUUUAUGGGAAUGGAAGAGGAUGACGAGUGCAUGGAGUCAAACUUUGGUCAAAUUGAUCAAGAGGAACUGCGCAGUCUUAAAAUAGGUUUGACAGAAGACUGGGAAGACAUGAAGAAGGAGAUGGAGGAGAAGAGAGCGAAGGCGAGAAGGAGAAUGGAACUGAUGAAGAAGAAAAGGUGAUUCCAGUUCCACGAGUCUAGAGCCGUAAUUUAGUUUUUAUUUAAGUGCUGUAUUUGUGUAUAUUAUCUCGAAAAACCGUACAAUAGAUCAUCCGGUUUCCUUAAAUUAGCUCAAAUAUACCUCAGACAAUAUUUGAGGUAACUAUAUUAUGUACUACAAAAUGAUGCUUGUCUUUAUUAUGUUUUGUACAAGAAGAUAUGCUAAAGUUCACUGGAUUUAUCUUCACAGUCUUAUAAUUACAAAAACAAAAAUAUUAUGUUUUGAAGUAUUUUUCUCUGCUCCAGAACAUAAACAAGACGAGUGCUCCGUCAUUUACCAUUAGAUAUCCUAAAUGAAUCUUUAAGUUUUGCUAUCAAAAUUAAAUAGUGUUUUAAUGCUAUUUAUUGAUCUAGGUAUAAUAUAUUAUUUUAUAUACGAUUUUAUACGUUAUUGUAUUACGUAACUUUACAUGUGUUUUGUUUAAUUCUUUUAGAGUGCUGUGAUAGGCAUAUUUUGUUGAUAACGAUUAUCAAAAACAAUGUUGUAAGUUUACAGGGCUUAUUAUUCACUUUCUCACCCUUGUAAGAAUGUUUGUUAUAUAUGAAUUGUCUGGUUUUUUCUGUUUCAAUACUUGCCAGUAAAUAAUGCACAGGGAAAACGAGGACUCAAAUUUAAAUUAUUAUUACGUUUUACGAAAUAUAUUUUUAAGAACUGUUUUUGAAUCUGUGAUUGAAGUUGCUGGAAGACAUAAUAUUUUAUUUUAUUUCUUUUAAUAAAUUUGAGUGGGUUUUUGUGAUACUAGACUUGUUAAACAAGUUUGGACUUGCAACGUUAUUUGGCUUUCGUACAUUGCCAAAGGUUUUCUGAAGACAACCUUUCUCGUACGGCAUAAAAGCCCAGUUCAUACUUACAAUUUUAUAAAAAGUUAAAUUACUUUUACACUGAGAGUAUAUAUAAAUAGUAGAUAUAUAUAUAUAUAAAAUAUGUAGUGUUUUGUAUUCCAGCUAAGUUUCUGUUGUAUGUAUAUGGCAGAUAGCAUAAUAAAAUUGUCUCUCUUUUUAAAAUAAUGAAAAUAAAUUAAAAAGCUUUAUAGGGUGGUAAUUACACUCUUUAAAAUAUGUUGUUUAUUUUACCCGUGUUUCCAAAAAAGCGUUGGGGCCAAUUCAAAUUUCAGAUGUCAACACACUUAUCGACCCAUAAAUUAAAGAAAAAUUUAAUCUGGCACAAUGUAUAAAAUCCGUUUAUCUUGUCCCUAUACAAAAUGGCAGUUAAUUUAGCUGCAAAUUUUUGUCAGUCAAACUUUUUUUCUUUGGCUGUACUGUUAGAUUGACCUUUUUUAAUCUUUGGAAUAUUUUUAUUAGAUGAUUAGAAGUUUGUUUUGAAGUUCUUUUUGCUAAGCUCUUUGUUCCUAAAUG